GUCUUUGUCCUCGCUCGUUUCUCUCUGCUUGCAUCAAGUAUUGACAGAAAUGAGACUUUUUGGCUGAAAUGCCUGGAUCAAUCAAAGGUCCGUGAGCUGAUGGCAGCCGGGCCCUGGCAUGGAGGCCCAGAGCGCGCCAGGCCUCGCGGCCGCCCCAGCAGAGCCCGGGCCGGGCCCUUCCCCGCGGGGCUCCUCGCAGCCUGUGCGGGGCCAGGCCCUGCCCCAGCCCCUGUACCUCAAGGCCCUGACGAUCCCGCUGCUCCAGCCCGUCCAGCCAGGCUGCUUCCAGCCCCACGGGCCCUUGGGGGCCGCCAGGAGCUGCGUCCACCUCGAUGGCAGCAACGUCCCCCUCAUCCUGAAGCCGCUCGUCCCCGCGGAAGGCGCGGAGCAGCCUCAGCCGCUUUUCCAGAAACAGCUCGGGCAAAGCCUGACCUUGAGCAUAGUCAGCACGUUACCAGUGUUAUCCUCGCCAAGUUCUUGUGUAAAAGCAUCUGUUGGGAGCCCGGGAAAAUCAAAGAAAUCUGGGAAAUACAUCUGCAAACACUGUGGACGAGAUUGUUUGAAGCCAAGUGUCCUUGAGAAACACAUUCGCUCUCACACGGGAGAGAGGCCCUUUCCGUGCACCACUUGUGGCAUUGCGUUUAAAACCCAGAGCAACUUGUAUAAACACAGGAGAACUCAAACACACGUCAACAACACCAGGCUGCCCUCGGACUCUGACAUCAGUGGGGGACCAGAGCGAAAUGAGAGCUCAGCAGAGAGCACCACCUCUCUGCAAGGCAGCAAAGUCUUGAGUAGCACCAGUGAAGACCGGGGCAUACACAUCAAACAGCCCAGUUCAGAGACCGGGGCAGCAACAGACACUAAGAAACCUCCUGAGCUCUCACUGCUGGUGACAAACUCCUCUUUAGCUGCUUCAGAAAAUCAAGAAGCAACAAAUCAAUCACUGAGUUCAAAGGCUAUUCAGGGGGUUCCUGAAAGAGAACCUCAAAGUUUAUCAUCUCCAGGAGCUUUGCCAAAUGGUCCGAGUCUGAGAAAGAAGAUGCAAGAGCAAAGAACUCCGACCGCCAAUAAGCACAUUCAGCUGCAAAGGCAGCAGGCAACCUCUUCAGAGAAGCAGUGGGAUUACAAACCCUUGGACUGCAAACUGAAGAAGUGUGAGAGCACGGACUCGGGGUAUCUGUCACGCUCCGACAGCACAGAGCAGCAGAUGACAUCGUCCAGCCCCUUGCACAGUCUGCACGAGCACAGCACGGAACUGGAAAGUGAAGCUGCCUUCAGCAGCCCAAGGUGUGCCUCCAGGAGCACUGCAAAGCCAGAGGCAGCUGACAAAGCCACAGCCUCGAUGCUAGAGAAAAAGAGGCUUGAAGAACACAUUUCAAAGCUUAUUUCUCACAACAAAAGUGUGGUGGAUGACACCCAGUUAGACAAUGUCAGGCCCAGAAAAACUGUCCUUUCUAAACAGGGAAGCAUUGACCUUCCAAUGCCUUACACAUACAAAGACUCUUUCCAUUUUGAUAUCAGAACUUGUGAUGUAAAUAGGAAAAAGAAUCUUUCUCUUUGUUCAGCAAAAUCUACCUUUGCACCCUUGGAGAAAUGCAAGCCAAUGUUUUUCCAUUCCGUUCCCACCCAGUUCUCCACAACAAUCGACACUGUGCCUGUUACUCGGAGCAACUCCUUGCCUGUUGUGGAGGGAGCGAGGAUGGUGCAUGACAAAGCAGGAUGCUCAAAACCACUUUCUCUUACUAAGCACUCUGCAAACACAGGCACUGCUGCUUGGCUGCCUAGCAACGAUCUCACUGCCAGCUCAGUGGAUUUCCCUAAUAGCCAUCCCCGAGCUCUAGUCAGACAAACAGCAGUGGAUGAUUUGCCCCUAAGUAAUGUGGCUGAUCAGCCUUCUCUGUCAGACGAGCUGAAAGGGACUAAAAAGCUUGGGGCUGGAGAAGUAAUCAGUGCUAAAAAUAAGAAACACAAUCAAAGGAAGCUGAAGAUGUUCUCUCAAGAAAAAUGGCAAAUGUAUGGAGAUGAAACGUUUAAGAAAAUCUACCAAAAAAUGAAAAGCAGUCAAAAUGCCAAGAAAAUGAAACAAAGAGAGAAUAAGAUUACAGAUGUUACAAGCUUGACUCCUAAUUCAAGGGAAUCAGCCAGCAGCACUGAGGAAAGAGAUGGCAGGAGCUCUGCAAAUGACAGUCCUUCCUCUCUUGUGACAGCAGCUUUAACCAUGGGUAAAUCAGGAAUGUCUGCUGAUGGUAAUCGUGUUCUGCAGAAUGUGUCCUCUGAGGAAGCUUCAGACAGAGUGUCCAACCUAAUGGAGACAUCACAUUCUGUAACUGCUGGAGCUGUAACCAGCCCAGCUCCCCCAGAGCUCAGUGGCAGUGACACGGAGAAAUGCACCGCUGGCAGCAGCACACUGCUGGCUCCAAGCAGUGGUGAGCUCAGGCUUCAAAAUCCUGAGUGUCAGCUGAGCAGCCACGGGAGGAAUGAGGACUGCUUGCCAGUACAGAGUAGCAACUGGGAGAAACCAAACCCUGGGAAAGAAUCCAGUGCAUUUGAAUUAGAUUGUAAAAGCACUUCACACAAUUGUGGGAACCAUCACCGGACUAAGGAAAGUGGCCAGCAUGGCCUGGUGCCCCCUUGGGUCCCUUGCAACAACAGAGAAACUACAGGGAAAUUCCAGGCUUUGCCAUCAGAAAGGAAAAAGCUGAAAUUCGAAGUGGAGAAGACACAAAAUGUGAUUUCAGUGUCCUGCCCUAGUCCCAGUAGUGAAAGCACUGCAGUAAGUGAAGCAGACAGAGGCCAUUGCUCUGGCACUCAGUGUCUUCCCACAGUUCCAGUGAAAUUCUCCACUAAAGCAGAGGAGCAAAAAUCAAGCACAGGAGUUUAUGAAGCCACUGGAGGUACUGAGAAUGUGGAAUACAGGAAAACAAUCAAACUUCCCACACAAGCUCUCAAUUACUCUGACAUCAACCUUCUUUCACAUCCUGCAGGUAUCUCAAAAGCUUCACUGGUGGGAUUUUUAGGGUCUGAAUUAAGGGGAAGUGAUUCCAACUCUUUUGCCUUGCACAGUGCAGCAGAUGGAGAUGACAAAACAUGUCUUGUAAAAACAGGACCAAAAGUGCCAUUUCCCAGUGACAGUGCUGUCGAUGUGUCUUCUAAAAGCCAUCAUCUGCAAUCUGAUCAUUUAAGUCCAGUCCCACAACAAAAUGCCUUCUCUCCAAAAUAUAUCCUUAAAUUGCCCCAGGACAAGAGAGCUUCAGAUCUGUCACCUUUGCUUCCAUCUGAACAGGAGAUGACACCUGGCACACCUGUGACAGACACCUUAACCACCCGACACUGCUCUUCCAGCAGCACAUCCCUCCAUUCUCAUUCCAGUGAUGUGGUUUGGUCCCCUUUAAAAUCUGAAGGGAGACAAAAGGCUGGCAAAGGAGAAAUUCAAUGGAAUCUUCACACAAACUGGAAAACUCCAGGGUUCUGUUCACCAGUCAGCUCAGAAACCACAAAUAUCUUAACCACAGCAGAGAACACCUUUCUUAACCAAAACUUCAAACAGCAGGAUAUUGCAAGAGAGGAUUGGAAAAACAAACAGACCAAAAAUAAAUUAAAUUAUCAAAGGCAAACAGAAGAGAAGUGGAUGAGUAGAAGUACUUGCUCUAUACAGACUCCAAAGAAGAAAAUCUGCUUUACUUCUGUGUAUACAAGUGGCUUCUUCAUAUCUGCUGACAUCAAAGAUGAGAGGAAGGCUUUGCACCACCUUUGCUCAGGAAGUGACUCUUUGACAAAAACAUCAGUUUCUAGCAAAGGUGCAGAGCCAACAACCCUGGGAUGGGACAGAGAGGGAAGUCCACGCGUCCUGAAGGACACCCCAGCACCACUGCAGGAUCUGCAGCAUUCCCAGAGCUCAAGAGACAACCCCACUUAUUUUUGCCAUUCUUUUGGCACUUUCUACUGCCACACUCUCAGCACUCACUGUAAAGGAUUCCCAGUGCUGCCCCACUCUAGCAGGACCAGCUACUCUGGCACUCUUCCAGUGCCAGGCUCCAAGAGCACCUUCCCAUCCCUGAGUGCUGAGCCCCGGCUGACCUGGUGCUGUCUGAGCAGGAGCCUCCCUCUGCCCUGGGAGCAGGGUGGCAGCGCAGCCUCUGCCCACCCCUCCAUGCCCCCCUGGGACAGGGAACCCAGCAGGGAAUGCACCCUGUCCAAAUACGACAUCUCCAUUUUCAAAAUGAGAAAUAUUGGCAAGACUGUGGCAUAUGGCUUAACAAACACGAGCUUGAAAACGUUGGUUUCAUCCUUUUCUAAAGGACACCAGAUGCAGGAGUUAAGCUCAGAUGUUCCUGGUGGUUCUUUCAAAAAAAUUUCAGAGCAAAAGAAGAAAACAGUAGUUUGCAAAAAGGAAAAACUCUCAACAAAUAAACUCAAGAGGAGCUACAAACAGAAAAGGAUUAAAGUCACCCCUAAAUGGUACAGAGGGAGGCACAUCCAUGGAUUUGCUCAGCUGAAAAUGAACCGGCUGAGCAAGAGGCCCUGUUUUCCCAACAGAGCUCUGGAUGCUUUGAGAAAGGGCUGCUCAUCACAACCCUCCAGAUUUAAUAAGCAUAAGAAGUGCCAUCCUCCUCAAUCCAAGAUGCAAGAAAGUUAUCUACACCAGCAAAAAGACUCAUCAUAUUCCACCUCAGACAAACAACUUUGCAGAAGGAAAAAAGAAGCAAAGAAUAACUCAGGAAUUUCUUCCCAUACUGAAAACCUAAACCAUGUUAAACAAAACGACAAAAUGGAUAAAAAAGACAUUUCUGGGCAAAUCAGGGAACACCCAAGAACAAACGCCUCUGUCCAGAACAUUACAGCUCCUCUGGGAAUAGCUGUGACAGCUCAUUCCUUUUCCUCCAGAGCUGACACAUCCCUGCAGGAAUUCAGCAGGGACGUGGCCAUUUGCUGCUGGGUGACACAGCCCCUCGUGCUGCAGCCAUCCCUGCCUGGGCAAUCCCAGCCGAGCCUUCGAAGCGACCCCCUGGCAGCUUCCUUUGGGUCUAGUCCUGAAUUUACAAACACAGACACAGGUGACCAACCUGACAGCACAAACCCAGAGGCUGCUGCUCCUCUUUCCUUACAUCCAGGAGGAAGCCAGGAAAAUAUAUUGAGGGUAGAGUCAGAGAGCCAAAUAUUUGGAAUAUCAGAGCCGGUGAUCCCGGCUGCCGGAAGGGAGAAAGCUCCGAGUGAAGAAAACACAGAUUCACCUUGUACAGAAAGCUCAGCUCCCAGCUCCCAGGCAGGAUGUUCACGUUUGUUUGGAUCCCAAGUGGAGUCUGUUCCUGAGACAGUCACGAGGGCUCAGUUACCCAGCAGGGAACCCUCACAGAGGGCAAACUUAGCUCAGCAUCUUCUGGAGCUGCACGGAAGCGCAGACAAGAACAGAUCCCACCUGCAGCCCAAUCCCUAUGGAAGGCCACAUGGAACAGCUACUGCUACCUUCAAAAAGCCCCCAAUGACUCUCAGAUCCCCUGAGUUCAAGAGUUACUCUGCAACACCCCCCAAGACGUACAAAAAGAGAGGUUUAGAGAUGAUGAGGAAACAAACGCGGGUGGAAUAUGAUGACACGAGCAGUGAUGAUGAGGACAGGCUGGUUAUAGAAAUAUAGCAACAGGCUGCUACCAGGGCUUGCGUGCCAGCCUGGAAAUGCCAGGGAUCUUUGAUCCAUAGUUCUGCAACACCUUAACAUCAGCAAAGCCAUUCCUCUGUGCCAGAGGCAACACCCUCUUUGGAAGAGCCCUUCCUUUCAAGGACUCAGCCUUUUUUUAAAAAAUGCUCACUUGAGGCUGGCCUGGCACAUUUAAAUGCAAGAGGGGGCCCUGUGCUCCUGACAGGUUUCCAGCAUUGUUAACGUUCCUGCCAGUCUCAGAAUUCCCACAAGUGCUGCCUACCCGUGGGUGUGUUACUCCAAGCCUGCAGUGCAUUGGGUUACUUCAACAAUAAUGCUGCAGCAGCUUCCUCAGCUCAGAUUUCAUGGGAGGGUUCAGAUGUGUUCCCUUCUCUAUAUUCCUGUUUUUGUAGUCACUGCCUCUGUACUGGGAGUGACACGCUGGCAUUAGGGGGAAGAUCUGUUCCCUCAGUAUCUGUGAUAUUGGAAGAGUCUGGAAAAAAUGCUGGUCUUUUACCAUGUUGCACAAAUGUCAAUGCUUCUGUGUGAGAAAUGACACAAGCAUGCUUUGCUUUGUGUUUUGUGCCUUUUAUGCCAAGAUCUACUCAGAUAUUCUUGAUUUUUAGGUGGAGAAUAUGGGUGUUAGCUAUUGGUAUUUCCUUGUGGUAAAAUUUCUGACAAGGAUUUUCUCAUUAUAUUUGUCACAUGGUGUUCCAACUGAUGUCAUAUGGAAUGUUUCAUUUUCAUUGUAAUUUUAACUGCAAUGAUGCCAUUUUAUGGAGGGUAAAGAAGCUAUAUGGCAUAGCUUGUUUUCUUUUUUUAACAAGUUUUGUGCUACAAACCCUAAAAUUUACUGGUUUCUAUGUGAAUAAAUAAUUCGAUAUUUCAAUUUGACCAAAUGUGCUCACUUGCUUGAUUAAACUGAUGAACUCUGAAAACAUUCCACUUCUACAUUAUAACUGAAUUUCUUACUUAAAAUUCUCCUGUUCUUGUAUUCUGAUUCACACAUAGGGAUGGAUUAAUGGAUUAACCUACAUGGGAUAUUCGGAGUUGCUUUUUAGUCAUGCUCAGGUAAAAGAUUGAACAGAUCAUACAAAGAAAUUUAGUACAAAUUAUCUGCAAAAAAAUAUAUGUGUAUGUGUAAAAAAAUGCCCAAAAAGCUCAGAGACUUAAACCAUGUGCCAACCUGUGCAAUUCCUGUGUGUUUGGAUGUCCUACAAAUGUGACAAGGCUUGAGGCUGUCAAAACAGAGCUUCACAUUAAUUCUUUAUCUUCUCCAGUAUUUGUGCUCACAAAUUGGUGGGUAUUGGGGUGAAUCCCAGGGGCACUGAAUUUAAAGAACGUGAAUUCAAAGCACACAAAUAGAAUUUGGGAAGAAAAAGAGGAAAAGAAAGGGAGGAACCAACAAUACUCACGCAAUAUUGAACCAUUCAAAGUUCUGGAGCUUUUUUUCCUGAUGGAAUCACUCAAAGCUACAGCUGGAUUCUGAAUUUGUAGGAAAAGCAGGAGAAGAAACAAAAAACUUCUAGAGAUCCUCAGAUCAGUGUUCCCAUCAAUGCUGUUGGCCAAGCACCUUUAGAAAGCACAGUUCAAAGAUCAUUGCACCAAACCCCACCAGCCUCCACAGCAAUAAUUUUCACCUCUUGCCUGUGCAGGAGCUAAUUAUUGUAAUACGUGGACGUGUAAGGAAUAUUCUAUAUAAGUUUUUUUUUUGCAUAAUGUUUGUGGAUAAAUGAUGUAUUUUAAAGUGGAAUUUCUAGAUCAGUAAUUCAGAAAUAGUCUAAUGACAGACUCAGAAGUGCUGUGCAAAGAAAUUUUUGUCCUGCAUAGAUUUUACAGCAUGAAGUACAGAAAUUUCUUUGUCAUUCUGCAGCUGUAGAUGGAAGAAAAAUGGGACAAGGUUAAAGUAGCUGGGAAAGUAAAUUUUAAACUCCAUUCCCUGACAGAAGUAAUCCUUGACAUUUUAGUUCCCUAUCUUGUGUAACAAUUUGACCUAACAUCAGUUCUUUAAAAGUGCCACUAGAUCCAUGGUGGCAUUUUAACAGGAUCACUGCAGAAGACAGUGACUCCA